CAGAGACCUCACUCACCUGGGAAGGUUCCUACAAUUUUGAUUCGUCCGACAUGCCUGUCUUAGGCUAAAGGCUUUUUAUUGGGAUCCCUGGUCUACGUCAUCCUCUUGAGAAAAUUCUGCCAAAAUCCAUCUGCAACGCCUUUGUGCAUGGUUCGACAAUGGUGAUUUAGCUCUCGGACUAGUAACUCUAGCUUAUUCAUAAAUUCACCUUGUUAACACUUGGGAUGGUGUUUGGUUUCGGUGUAUCGGCCCUUUUAUUUCCUUCCUGAUACUAUUGUAAACCUCAGUUGCUCAAUUGUAAGACAGCGAGCGAAGCAGAACGAAGGAAACUCCCUACGAUCUACGUGAAUUGCCUUGUUCUCCUACCAAUUGUUUGUAACUACGGUACUACGUCAUUUUAAAGGCUUAUUUAUGUAAUAAAUAUCAUAUUUAAUUACAUUUUUCCUUCCAACCUUUAUUUCAAACCACAGAUUUUUAAGGUGUUCUGCUUAUGGCGCCCAACGUGGGGCAACACGAAGAAAGGUGCUUAAUGAUGGUGCAGAUGAUCCAGUAGAGAAUUGACCACGACUGGGGCUCCCAAUAGUCUCUCAUAUUUCUAUUUGUAGGACAUUGAUAUUUUCCUUUCCAGGAUAUUAACAUUUUAUUGAAAUAAAUUUAAUUUUUCUUUUCAGAAAAUUAACAUUUUAUUGGUUUGCAUUUGUUAUACUUUUGUUAUAAUGGCUAACUUACAGGUACUGAUCGGACAACGAAAAGUCAUUCGAAGAAAAGUCACCGAACAAUUCAAUAGGUCUGACACCUAUUCUGCCCUUACACAAGAAGAAAAGUUAGCAAUUAAAGGUCUUCUUGUUAAUUAUAGAAACAAGUUGUCAGAGAUAGAUGAUCAAAUCCUCUUGAAGAAAUUUCCUGACAUAUGUGAUGAAGCAGAGUUAGAGCCAGAAUUAACAAGUUGCCAGGAUUAUCUAGACAAAAUUGAGCAUUGUCUACCAUUACUUGAGAUUUCAAGGAGUAAGAAUGAUUCUAAUAAUAUUCCCGACGUGGCCCGCAGUUUACUGAAACAGCCAACAGCUCCUCUUCCUAAGUUUACUAGCAAAGAAGGAGAAGAUUUCUUGAAAUUUAUAGCAGAGUUUGAGGCUACAACUAAUGCAUUUCAGUAUCCAGACAGAGAUUUACUUUUAUUGCUGAAGCAACAGGUAGACGGUCGAGCAAAGACUUUAUUAAGUUCUCUGGAAGCUGAUAAACAGCGUUAUGUAGAUGCCAAAGAACUAUUGAUUUCCGCCUUUGCUUCUAAGGAGGUUUGUAAAAACAAUGCAAUUAGGAAAAUUACGGAGUUAAGUUUAAGAGAGGGUGAUGAUCCCUUCACAUUUAUUUCCAUCCUCCGAUCAGUAUGCGAAGCAGUCAAGACUUUUAACAUUGAAGCGGAUGAAUUUGUCAGAUAUUUUGCUUGGCACGGCUUAAAUGGUCGCUUUCAGCGUCAUCUUAUUAAUAUUACAGGAAAGACUCUUCCUUCCUUAAAUGACAUUAUUUCACAUUUCUUUGCAGCUUGUGAAAGGUACGAAAGUGACGGGAAAGGUGUUGAAAGCGUGAAAUGUAAAGCUUCACCUGUCAAGACAUUAACACUCCCUCUCCGUAAAGAGAGAGCUACCAGCAUGGCUGCGGAAGCAGUAACCUAUGAUAAAGACAAGUCUUCGCCUCAGUGUUCCUUGUGUUCUGCGGUUGGAAAUACUGAUAAAUUUCACUUUAUUCAUAAGUGCCCUAAUUUUCUUUCUCCUACAGAUAAAGUGCAUAUUUUAAAAUCUAGAAAUGGAUGUUUAAAAUGCGGCCAGUUUAACCAUGUUUCCGGUAAGUGCCGUUUUAAAUUCAAGAGACGCUGUUCAAAUUGUAACAGCUGGCAUAUGACUUACCUGUGUGAUAGGAGUCCGUCACCAGGCAGAAACUCUAACAAUAUUAAUAACGGCAAAUCCAAGGUGGAAACUUCUCCUCAAAUAAGCAGCGGUGUUGCCGUCCUUCCUACUUGUCAUGGUGAUUCCAUUUUACCCACCUUUCAUUAA